GAAUCAAAAACUCUCCUUGAUAUCCAAAAGCAGCUACAAUAUCCACAUAUUCUUCAGUCAUGGACCAAUACAGCCAACUUCUGCAACAUGCCUUCUCCUUCUUUCAAAAUCAUCUGCUCCAAAGGUCACAUAACAGAACUAACCAUCACAGGAAACAGAACCAGUAAGCUCCCUGGAAGAUUUGAAGAACUCUUCACUCUUCUUACAAAACUCUCAAGCUUAAACACUUUGUCUCUUACUUCACUCGGUAUAUCUGGUCCCCUCUCUCCUAAGAUCAUCACCAAGUUACCAUCUUCUCUCCAAUCUCUCAAUCUCACCUCUAAUUCCAUAUCCGGGAAAAUUCCAAGAGAGAUUUCUUCUUUGAAGAAUCUGAAAAGCCUUGUUUUAACAGACAAUCUUCUCAACGGUUCUGUCUUUGAUCUCAGAGGGUUGUCUAAUCUUCAAGAACUGGAUUUGGGAGGUAAUAAUCUUGGUCCUGAAUUGCCUUCACUUCCAAGUAACCUCAUCUCUGUUUCAUUAAAGAACAACUCCUUUAGAUCCAAGGUUUCAGAACAGAUCAAGAAGCUGAAAUGGCUUCAAAGUUUAGACCUCUCUUCCAACGAGUUCACUGGAUCGAUCCCAGACUUUCUGAUUUAUCAUCCUUCUCUUCAAUAUCUCAGUUUGGCUCAGAAUAUGUUCAGCGGAUCGCUUCCAAAUUCUACCUGCAGCUCCUCAAAGGUUAGAACUCUAGACGUUUCUCACAAUCUUCUAACCGGGAAGCUUCCUUCUUGCUACUCUUCCAAGAGUUUCAAGAACCAGACAGUGCUCUUUUCAUUCAACUGCUUGUCUUUGACUGGGACUCCUAACGCCAAAUAUCAGCGUCCGCUUUCUUUUUGCCAAAACCAAGCGAGCAAAGCAAUAGCUGUGGAACCUGUCCCCAAGGUUGAAGAGAAAGAUUCUGCAAGAAUCAAACUCGGCAUGGUGAUUUUGGUAAUCACCGGUGUGGUCAUCCUUGGAGCAAUUUUGGUUGUUUUGGUUUUGAUUGUCCUGAAAAGAAGAAGAUCAGAAUCAGAAGAAGAUACUUUUGAAGUGAAUAACAACAACAAUGAUAGACAUGCAUCUGAUAAAGUCUCGGUUUGCAGCAACACAACCACCAGCACUAAGUCAUUACCAGAUUCAAGACGAGUACCGCAGACAAUGAGAUCUGCAGUGAUUGGUCUGCCACCGUACCACGUUUUCUCCUUGGAGGAACUGGAAGAAGCGACUAACGACUUUGAUGCAGCAAGUCUUCUCUGCGAGCAGUUGUACAGAGGUUGUCUCAGAGAAGGUAUAGCAGUAACUGUGAGAUGUAUCAAGCUGAAACAGAAGAAUUUACCACAGAGCUUAGCUCAGCAGAUGGAAGUUUUAUCAAAGCUAAGGCACAUGCAUUUGGUUAGCGUUCUUGGACAUUGCAUUGCUAGUAACCAAGGCCACAAUCAACAUGGUGGACACACCAUCUUCAUUGUCCAAGAAUAUAUCUCAAAUGGGUCGUUGAAGGACUUUCUCACAGAUUGUAGGAAGAAAGAGGUGCUGCAAUGGCCUCAGAGAAUGGCAAUAGCCAUAGGAGUCGCUAGAGGGAUACAGUUCUUGCACAUGGGAGUAGCACCAGGAAUCUUUGGGAACAACUUGGAUAUAGAGAAUAUUCUGCUUGAUGGAACACUCACUGUGAAAAUCAGUGGCUAUACUAUUCCUUUACCAUCCAAGGUUGGAGCAGAGAGCCAUCAAGACAAAACUCCACGGAGUAAUGAGGAUGGAGAGAAAGAAGAUGUGUACCAGUUUGGAGUGAUACUACUUCAGAUCAUCACAGGGAGAGUAGUAGCUGCAGGCUCUUCAGAGAUGGGAAGUUUGAAGCUUCAGCUGGAGAAUGGUUUAAGAGAUGAACCAUCAGUAUUAAGCAGCUUAGCAGAUCCAUCUGUUAGAGGAUCAUAUGCUUAUGAGUCGUUGAGGACAACAGUGGAAUUUGCUAUCAACUGUCUUUGUGAAGAUCAGAGCAAGCGACCAUCGAUUGAAGAUGUUGUAUGGAAUCUGCAAUAUACAAUUCAAGUGCAACAAGGAUGGACAAACAGUGGGAAUCAUGAAGCAACCAUGAAGGCAAUAUAUGAAUGAAAAAAUCCUCAAGAAAAAAAGAAAUGAUCAUAGAGAGAGAGAAAAUUGUAGAAACAAUAAUGUAAGAUGAAUGUAGAAACAAGAAUCAAUAAGUCAAUAUGUAGUCUCAUGGAUUACAGUAUUACCAAGCUAGCUUAGUAACCUGUUGUAUGAAACAAAGCAAAAGAAUAUCUCCGAGAAUGAUCAAAUUGAAAUAGAUAUAAUGCGGUUGAGAUAAUACAUGGAAAUACAUAGAAACAUUAAAGACAACAAUCACAGAGUUUGAAAAACACACGGAAGACAGGAAAUAGAAAGAGCUAGAGGAAACAAACACAAGAGAAGGUGGUUCACUGUUUUUGAAGACAAUUGCUACAAAAGCAUAUUAUUACUAGUCUGCAGUCCAGCUUUGUUCCACAACCUCACGGACUCUUCUGUUAUACUCACGUUUGCUUUCGCUGAACAUUCGUGCAGCUUCGGAAUUCGCAGGAGAAUUCGGAUUA